CAGCGGUGCCACUGGUGAAGCGCCAUAUUGAGUGGGAAUCGGAUACUUGCGAAGUUCCCUUGGCACGAAAGCGCCAGAAGGUAGAAGCUCUCUGCUGAUUACCUAUCGUCUAACUGCAAUCGUAAAGAUGGUCAAAGUGGAAGAGCGCAGGCGCGAUCAUGAUCCUGAUGACCGCCGAAAGGAUCGGCACAGGGAGAGGGACAGGGAUGGGGACCGAGACAGGAGUGCACGCUCCGGGAAAGAGUACGAGAAGGAUGCGUCUCAUGACAAGGCGAGGCGGGAAGAUGACGGCCGGCGGAGUGAUAGCAGGAGGAAAAAAGCGGAACGCAAUGAGGAUGGAGGUGAUGCGCCGUCUAGCAUGGAGCUUGAGGAGCGGAUCAGAAGGACACGGGAGGAGAGGUUGAAGAAGGACAGAAAGGCCCCAGGUCCGAUCAAAUCGCUGGCGGAGCAAGACGAGGGGGACGAUCUGCUGGGGUGGGUUCAGAAGUCGAAGCAGCUCGAGGAGAAGAGGAGGCGGGAGGAGGAGAAGGCACGGGCCGCAGCCACCGCGAGGCGGCUGGCAGAGGCAGAGGCGGAAGACGAGGACAGCGACGAUGACCAGUACGAUGCGCGCCACCUCGCGGGGCUGAAAGUCGCGCACGGGCUCGACAAGGUGAUGGAAGGGGGUGCAAUCGUGCUGACGUUGAAGGACACGAGGAUCCUCGACGAGAGGGGUGAUGACGUGAACGAUGCCGGGGACGAGUUGGAAAACGUGGAGAUCAUCGAGCAGAAGCGGAGGGACGACGCGCGCAAGGCGGCGAAGAAGGGCAACAAGUACGACGAGAAGUUCGACGAGGAGUGGGGGGGCGCGAAAGCGCUGCUGCCGCAGUACGAUGAAUUGAAGGAGCAGGACGGAGUGGUGUUGGAUGCGGAAGGGGGCCUGGAUCGGAAACGGAUGGAGGAGAUUCAGCGCAAGUUGGCGGGGGCGGCGGCGGCCGAGCAGGGGAAAGAGAGUCUUUUGGGAGGGGGGCAAAGGGUCGCGGCGGAGUAUUUCACGCAAGAGGAGAUGGAUAAGUUUAAGAGGCCCAAGGAGAAGAAAAAGAAGAAGCUGCGGAAGCGGGAGAAGCUGGACCUGGACGCAAUGGAAGAGGAAGCGAAGGCGGCGGGGCUCGGGGCGACGGACAAGGGGUCGAGGGCGACCCGAAACGUGGAGGACGUUGAGAAGGAGCGACGAAAGGGCGAAGCUGCGGAGCGGGAGGCGGCGUACGUGCACGCGUUGGACAAGGCGGAGACGGCGUCGCGGGCGCUCAAGGAGGAAGCGGCCGGAGCGCAACUAGAGGAGGACGACGAAGAGGACGAUGAGCUGGUGCAGUCGUUGGAGCGGGCCCGGCAGGCAGCGCUCAAGGCCGCGCCGAAAGGAGUCGAGGCCGUGGCAUCUCGGGCGAUCGAGCUGGCUAAGAAAGAGCCGGUCGUCAAGCCGGAACCGGAAACGGACUCGGGGCUCGUAUUCACAUCCACCGGGGAGUUUGUGCGGGGUAUUUCGCUCGAGGAGACCGUCAGGAAAGAGAAGAACGAACUUUUCGACGACGAAGACGAAGAGAUGAAGGACGCGGAAGAAGCGGAGGCGAAAGAGGAGGCGGGGGGGUGGAUGGAAGUGACGGCGCAGGGGGGGGAAAAGGAGGAAGAGGAGGACGAGAAGCUGGAGUCGAUCAGCGAGGAAGUUGUUGUGGGGACCGGCGUCGCGGGGGCGUUGAAACUGUUGCAGCAGCGGGGGGCGCUGUCGGAUUCCGUUGACUGGGGGGGGCGGAACAUGGACAAAAAGAAGGGGCGGCUUCUGGGGGUGGUGGAUGAGAGCUUGUUGGGGGUCGAGAAGGACCCCCCCAAAGCGGCGGAGAAGGAGGAGUGGCCGAAGGACGUGCAGCUCAUCCGGCACGACCGCUUCGGGCGCGUGAUGACGCCGAAGGAGGCGUGGCGCGAGUUGAACCACCACUUCCACGGUAUGUACCCGAGCAAGAAUAAAAAGGAAAAGGAGUUCAAGCAGUUCAUGGAGGAGAAGAAGCUGAAGCAGAUGAACCCCGGGGACACUCCCGCGGGGAGCGUGCAGAAGAUGCGGGAUGUGCAGGCCAAAACGGCGUCGCCGUAUAUUGUGCUGAGCGGGAGCGUCAAGCCGGGGCAGACGUCCGACUUCCGGUCCGGGUUCGCGGUCGCGGAGAAGGAGACGUUCAAGCCGGGGGAGCUGACGCCCAUGCUGGGGGACCAGAAGGUUCAGAAGUUCUUGGGAACAAAGCGAAAAGAAGGUGCGGGUGACAUGGGUCCACCUCCACCAAAGAAACCCAAGAUGUGACAGUCCUUGUAGGGGCUUUGGACUGGCACUAAAGGAUCUGGUAUUUUAUAGUGGAGAAAAGCAUCAGGACAGGCAGGCCGAACCGUCUACUGCAGGCCGGAAGUGCCUCGUCAGUCAAGCAUGAUUCAGGUUUCAGUUGAGCAGGCGAAGAAUUUGAUAGAAUGGUGCGUCGAUCUACGUCCAUUGUUUGGCCCUCGCCAUAGCGUCAUUGAUGGAGCAGGCUGCCAAGCGAUGGUUGCAAG